AUGCUGGAUGGUGGCCUCAACAAAUUGCGCAAGGUGCGUGGGCGGUUUGGUGACAAGUUGAACCCAGAUGAUGCCUUUCUGAGCUAUUAUGACGUGCGAUUGACACGAGAGGACAUGCAAACCCUCAAGGACGAUUGGCUCACAGAUAACAUCAUCUCAUUUUGGGAGGAAUACCUCGAGCACGAAUUCCUUACCAAGUACAAGAACUCCAACAUCAUUCUCCUCCGCCCCAGCAUGUGCUUCAUGAUCCUCCAGACCCCCGAUCCUCGCACCCUCCGUGAAGCACUCCCGGACUUCAGUCGAGCCACCCAUGUCUUUCUCCCAAUCAACGACUGCCGCAACGUCAGCCAAGCAGAAGGAGGCACACACUGGUCCCUUCUACUGAUCUCCGUUGUUGACCGCAUUGCAUUUCACUAUGAUUCGUUAUACCAAGGAAAUGUCUGGGAAGCAGAUACCGUGACACGCAAAUUCGGAUACCUCUUGAACAUACCCAUCCGGUUCCUACAUUUGAACGACUCUCCCCAGCAAGACGGCGGCAGCGAUUGCGGCGUCUUUGUGUGCAUGAACAUGCGGCACCUACUCCUGAAGCGGCUACUGAUGGCCAGUGCACGUGAGAAGGUGAGUAUGAGCCUUGGAGGGCGGAAGAUCGAUGCCAGUGGAUCCCGCAAAGAGAUGGCCAAGAUUAUUGAAGGAUUCCGUAAAGAAGGCGAGCGCCGACGAUCAACCAGCGCCAGUCCUAUGGGGAAGAAAUCACGGAGUCCCCCGCGGGUGGAUUGA